ACCAAUCAAAUGCUGGUGGAUGCAUGUACAAUCUAUUACUAAUAAUAGUAACAUAAAAAUAAACAAAGGAAAUUUACAUGGCGGAUUCUUGAAAUAUUUCGAGAAAUAUGCCGUUAUACUGCAUAGUUAAAGGGUGUAAAAACGUGUCGGGUGGAGGGGCUAAUGUCAAAUUUCACCGUUUACCGGUAAAUAAUUUACAGAACUGUAAAGAAUGGUUAAUCAGGGCAGGAAUGACUGAAAAAGAAGCUUCAAUAGUGACCGUGAAACAAUGCCGUUCAUGGCGAAUAUGCUCAGCACAUUUUCAGUCGUCACGUCAAUCUAAUGAGCCGUUUCUCCCAACAAUCAGUAUUCCAGAUUAUGAAAGAAAACAAACUGCAGCUACACUCUUACAACUAGGGGUUUCACAAGAUACAGCUUUACCGUCAACCAGUCAUGCUAACACACACAAUUUGGUACCAGAGACAUGUUCGACUGAUACAUCUACCGAAGUAGAACCUGGUGAUAAACAGCCACAAAUAUUGAAAAAAGGUGCAUCUAAAAGAAAAUUGUUUAGAGAAGCAGAGGCUCAGGUUACUCCUAAAGGACAAAAGAAACAACGCACAAAGGGUCUUCAGAGAACUCCACCUGCUUCUAAGUAUACUGAAAUCACUCCAAAGUCUAGACGCUCAACCAUGUGUAAUACUGAAAUAAGACUUUCUAAAGAUGUACAGACAGUUCUUCCUUCUAAAAUUUUUAUUAGUCAAAGAACUGUCUCCACACAGACAGUGUUUGCAACUGAAAAUGAAAGUGUCCAGGCAUGUAUAGAGAAAAUUGAAUUGUUGAAAACUUGUGACAAAGAAUUUAAAAAAAAUCACUGGUAUUGA